CGCUGCGCUGCUCAAGAGACUUGCUGUCCUCAACUGCUGCGCCCCACAUCUAGUCAUCCUCUCCUUCCCCAAAACCUAACAAGGACACUGGGGGCCUAGCGUGACCGACCCCGGCCCCGAUCCUGCAUCCGGGCUUACGAUUCAGCCUCCUCUUUCUGCAGCUACGUACAGGUGACCACCACAGCCGCACGAGAAGCCCGCGGCGGAACGCUCGCCCGACACCUUGGCGUGCAAUAGGACACGGGCGGUGCGCUCCAUGACAAGAUCCGAGGACUCCCCAAGCAUCGAGUCUGUCGGUGCUUUUGCGCGACAACUCUAUCGACGCGCUCGCGAUGCUGGUACCGAUUUCGUCGACCUGGCAAUAGCCAUCCACAAUCUGAAGAACGCGCUGAAGCACCUGGAGGCCGAGGCUCGGGACUACGACUCGCCCCUCUAUUCCCAGGCCGACCCAGCCGCCAGCAGCGGGACCCAGAACUCGGCGUAUUCCAGACAGUUAAGGUCUCUCGUUGAGGACAGCGACUUUGCCCUCAAGCAGGUCGACACCGUUCUAGGGACGCACGGAGAAGGCCCCCGCACGAGCGCUGUAGGGAGAAAUCUUGACCGGGGGGAAACUAUUCGGAGAAUCGAUCUCAUCCGAGGGGAUAUUGUCUCCCAGUGCAUGAAAAUUGACAUAUUCCUCGACACCGUGCAGCUACACGGCGGAACCAAGCUGCGGCCUCGGCUCGGCGACGUCGACCGCCGACAAAUGGAGGUGAUCAAGAACAAAGUGGAUGCCAUCGCCAACCGUCUUUUCCAGGAGAGGAAUAACCGUUACUCGCCAGUCGAAGCGGAUGAAGAGGAACUAUGGCGCAGUUUCAAAAAGGAGCUCGAGCGGGAGGGUUUCUCGCCUGAAGUGCUGCAGAACAACAAGGAGGUCUUGCGUGCGUAUGUCCGCGAGCUCGAGUCUCACCAACUUCCGGGUGGCAGCACACCACCUUCAGUUCGCGGCCUGCUCCAUGGAAACGAGAAGCCGUCAAUGACUGUUCAGUCUACACCGUAUCCAACCGACGAUGAAGAAGCCAGGAUGAAUUUGAAUCCGAGUUCUCGCAGAAACGAAGGCCGGAGACGUGUACCAAGGCCCGAGCGGACUGACUCCAUCCCGCUCGACCACGCCAUUCAGCAGCUGAGCUUCGAGCAGUCCUCUUCCUCAGACCUUUCUGACACGGAGUCUACCGCGUCAGCCAACACAGCCCUCAUCUCAACCAGAGACCUCAUGGCGCUUGAUCGUUACUGUGACGGAAAGGUUGCUUCUCUCACGGGGGUUGGUGCUUCGCUCCUGCCACCCGCCCGUGCCCCUUUUUAUUUUGUUGCUCCGGGCACGUCGCCUGAUACGAGACAUCUACCCUCCGGAACUCAACCGCUACCUAUCCCAGGAGCUGUUUACCCUGGACAUGAUGGCCAGCCAGUGACACUUCCCCCGCCGUACCCCAGCGCCCUGUCGCCAGGCUCUCCUCCGCCCCCUUAUGGCAGCAGCCUGAGCGCCUCUUCCAGAGAUGCCUCCUGCGAUCUCGCGACCCUAUCAGCCUCCGCUCUCACGACCGGCCACGAUUUGCCGCAGCCGCCUCAUCUUCCGUCACGGCAGUACAGUCGCCUCGCUCCCGACAGCAAAGGGCAGACCAUCCCGCUGGACGCCACCUGGACCAAGAUUAACCGUAAGCUUGUGUCCCCUGAAGUGCUCGAAGAAGCCGGCGUGCGAUACGAAGCUCGGCCCAGCUUCGUCGCUGUGCUCGGCGUCCUGACACGGGAGCAAAUCGAAGACUACGCGCGGAGGAGCUUUGAAGUGCGCAGAGCAAGGAGCUUUCCGGGGAAAACAAGAACAAGAGACACCGAAAGGCAACACGGCGCAGGGCGUCAAGAAACGUAUAGAGACUAUUAUGGAAGGAGUGGGGCAAAAGGAGGAGGAGGACGAGGGGGAGGGGAUAGGGAAGCGGUACGGCGGGAUCACGAACCCGAACCAGUUUUUGACGCAAGCGACAUCAGCGAUGACGAGGACAACGGACGCCGUCGAGGGUUUGGACAGAGCCGUAGCCGCGGCCGAUAUACACCGAAAAACUACGUGCCAGAUGAGCACAAGCCGCUGGACAGCGAAGACGAGGAGGGCGGCAAGGUGUACCCCACCAUUGUGUCCCCGCCAGCAAGUGUGGAUGGUGACAGCCUCUCGCCCUCGAGCACAGUGGGGCCCAAACCAAUCCUUAAGAACAAGAACCCGAAUCAUGUCCGCUUCGGUCGCAGUGGGCCGAGGGAGAUUUCUCCGGGGCACUACUCGGAACGGCCGCGGGACCGCGAGAGAGACAGACCAAUGCCCCGGGGCAGAGAACGAGACAGGGACCGGUACAGGAGAGACAGGUCGAGAGCUACUGAUCGUGACCGCAACCGCGACCAUGACCGGGACUGUGACUGGGAUAGGGACCGGGACCGGGACCGAGACAAGGACUUCGACUAUCGCUCUUCCCUCAAGAGGCACUCGGACCGCGACAGGGACCGAGACCGAGAUCGCGAUCAUGAUCGGUUUCGCGAUAGGGACCGAGAUCGUAACCGCGACCGCGACCGCGACCUGCCACGACGUGGAGAAGAGGACAGGCCGUCCCGGAGGGCUGCCCUGAAAGACGCCGCCGGUGCCAUCGGGGUUAGCGGCGCCGCGGCGACUCUGCUGAGCGUCUUGACACAGGCCGUGACCCACCUAUAAGAGGAGGGCAAUCGGGGAGGAGAUUAUGGAACGGAGGCUUGCUUUCGAAUGGGUUUCAUGAUGCAUACCCCUUCCUCCUCCCCUUUCCGUUGUUACCUCUUUUCUCCGACAUGUAUUCGGCCCAAGACCGAGGAGGGCUCAGGAAAAAAUGGACAUGAGAUACGACCAAAGGUUUCUUUGGAAGAGUGAAACCUGUUAGUUUACUCCGUCGCUUUAUGGAUUUUGAAGUGUGAUGGUGUUAUGACGAGCUCUUCUAACGAGCAAAUCUCUUUUCUUUAUCCGAAUCUAGAGCCAUGCCA